UCCAGGCCUGCCAAAGCUCAGAAUAACCCUGAGGACCAGACAGCGGGAUGGCUGGGGCUCUGCUCAGCGCCCUAUUCCUCUUGCAGCUUCUCGGCAGAGGUGAGGGGACGAAUGAGGAGUUGCGCCUUUAUCAUCAUCUAUUCGACGACUAUGACCCAGGACACAGGCCAGUGAGGCAGUCUGAGGACACUGUCACCAUCAACCUCAAGGUCACCCUGACCAACCUCAUCUCACUGAACGAGAAAGAGGAGACCCUCACCACCAGCGUCUGGAUUGGAAUCGACUGGCAUGAUUACCGACUCAACUUCAGCAAGGACGACUUUGGGGGCAUAACAACCCUGCGGGUCCCUUCAAAACUCGUGUGGUUACCGGAGAUUGUGCUGGAAAACAAUAUUGACGGCCAGUUCGGCGUGGCCCACGCCGCCAACGUGCUGGUCUAUGAAGGCGGUUACGUGACCUGGUUGCCCCCGGCCAUCUACCGCAGCACCUGCGCCGUGGAAGUCACCUAUUUCCCCUUCGACUGGCAGAACUGCUCGCUCGUUUUCCGCUCUCAGACGUACAAUGCCGAAGAGGUAGAGUUCGUCUUUGCGGUGGAUGAUGACGGCGAAACUAUCAACAAGAUCGAUAUCGACACUGAGGCCUAUACUGAGAACGGCGAGUGGGCCAUCGACUUCUGCCCCGGGGUGAUCCGCCGCCAGGACAGUGGCUCCGCUGAUGGUCCAGGGGACACUGACGUCAUCUACACGCUCAUUAUUCGCCGGAAGCCGCUCUUCUACAUCAUUAACAUCAUUGUGCCCUGCGUGCUAAUCUCAGGCCUGGUGCUGCUCGCCUACUUCCUGCCGGCGCAGGCCGGUGGCCAGAAAUGCACCGUAUCCAUCAACGUCCUACUCGCCCAGACCGUCUUCUUGUUCCUAAUUGCCCAGAAAACCCCAGAGACGUCUCUGAGCGUGCCGCUGCUGGGCAGGUACCUCAUUUUCGUCAUGGUGGUUGCCACACUCAUUGUUAUGAAUUGCGUCAUCGUGCUCAACGUGUCUUUGCGGACGCCCACUACUCAUGACUUGUCCCCGCGGCUGCGUCACGCCUUAUUGGAGCUGCUGCCGCGCCUCCUGGGCUCAGGCGCGCCCUCCGAGGCCCCCCAAGCCGCCUCGCACCCGAGGCGGGCAUCCUCCGUGGGCAUAUUGCUCCGCGCGGAGGAGCUGAUACUGAAAAAGCCGCGGAGCGAGCUUGUGUUUGAAGGGCAGAGGUACCGGCACGGCACCUGGACCGCUGCCCUCUGCCAGAGCCUGGGUGCCGCCGCCCCCGAGAUCCGCUGCUGUGUGGAUGCUGUAAACUUCAUGGCCGAGAGCACGCGAGACCAGGAGGCCGCCAGCGAGGAGGUGUCCGACUGGAUGCGCAUGGGGAAGGCCCUUGACAAUAUCUGCUUUUGGGCGGCUCUGGUGCUCUUCAGUGUGGGCUCCAGCGUCAUCUUCCUCGGGGGCUACUUCAACCAAGUGCCCGACCUGCCCUACCCGCCAUGUAUGUAGACCUGGGCCGGUGGCCGCACGGACGGCAACUUUCCUAUCCAUUUCCACAAGGAAACAGAUUUUGAAAACCAAGUUGCUGCCACUGCUAUAUUAUGAUGCUUUACCACUGCUAAUAAAGAAUUAGUACUUUGAAAAAAAAAAAAAAA